CACGCAAAUGACAAACAUUUCACAUGUUGGAUAAAGGCAAUAGUUUUGGAAUUUUUGACAUAUGGUAGCAUCAAGUUUCCAAGAUAUACAGCUCACAAUAAUCAAACCAUGGCAGCACUCGAUCCAGGCGAAAAACACACCCUCUUCACGUCAUGGGCAAGAUCUCAAGGCAUUGAAAUCAACGGUGUGGCACCAGCGCAAUUUGUCGAUCGAGGAAUGGGUAUAGUAGCUGCCAAAGAUCUAAAAAAAGGGGAUUGUUUAGUCCAUGUACCGACACACGCACUUAUCUCAGUGGCACAGGAUUCUAUCUACAAGAUGACGUUUCCCACCAAAGUCAGCGUACAUGCACGGAUUGCCACGUACUUUUCUCUGUUGUCCCAAGAGAAGGAGAGUCCAUAUAGUUUAUGGCAGGAUGUCUGGCCGAGUGAAGAGGACUUUAGGGACAUCAUGCCAAUAUAUUGGGCGAAAGAACUCCAGGAACUUCUUCCUCCUGCAGCAAAGACCAUGCUUUCUACACAAAAGUCCAACCUGGAAAAAGACUACCAAACGAUCCACCCCCUCUGUCCCACCAUUACUCGCUCGACUUUCACCUACCACUGGAUAACAACAAACACUCGAGUAUUCUACUGGCUCUACCCAAACCUUCCCGCGCAUUCCCCCCGUCUCCCCAAGAAAUCUCGCGCGAACCUAACCGCCGACGACUGCUACGCCAUGUGCCCCUUCAUGGACUAUUUCAACCACGCCUCAACGGGGUGCAUACCGACCUCUGACGCGAAAGGCUACUCGGUGCACGCGGACCGCGACUAUAAGGCCGGCGAGGAAGUCUGCGUGACGUACGGCCCGCACAGCAACGACUUCUUGCUCGUCGAGUACGGCUUCAUACUCGUGGCCAACGAGUGCGAUAGCGUGCCGUUGGAUCACCUUGUUGUUCCGCGGCUUUCGGCUGCGCAGGUAGAGACGCUGAAGGGGGAUGGGUUUUAUGGGAAUUAUACGCUUUCGCCUGAUUCUACGCCGCCUGUCUGCCAUCGUACGCAUGGGGUGGCGAGGUUACUUACGUUGCCCGAGCGGCGGUAUUCGGCGUUUGUCGGAGGAACAGAUGAAGGGAGUGCGGAUCAGGGGAAGGUGGAUGCGUUUCUGGUCGGCUUACUUGUGGAGUUUGAGAGAGAAAUCAUCGAGAUUCUGGAUGAGGUAGAGGGCCAGGGGGAGAAGGCUGAAGUGUUGGUGAGGAGGUGGAAGCAGGUUCAAGGGAUAGUGAGGAGAGGGGUAAAAAGGUUGAGUGGAGAGAUUGUUUGA